UUUAAAAUUACGCUCAAGGUUAUUUCUAUAUAGAACAGUAAACAAUUCGAACACCCGUUAGUCGUUACACAACAGAUGACAGCGACGCGUACGCACGCUCAACGCCUCAUUUAGUAUCAUAAAGCGGACACGAGACGUUUGGUCACUUUCAUAUCGAUGAAUAGGCAUUAUACAUUAUAUCUACUGAUAUAUGCAAUUUAUUUUAUCUAAUACCACGUUCGUUCGUUCGUUCAUAUCGUAUCAUAUCAUGUAUAGAUACUCGUCUACUUUUGUAGAUUGCGUUAACAUGACCUCGUAUUUGAUAACGAUAUUUUUAUUAUAUGUAGUAUGAUUGUAGUUACAGUACACUGCUUAGCAGACUGUGAUUUACUUUUACAAAAAAGAAAAUUUAUAUGUUAAAAAUGAUUUUGUUGUUAAUUUUUUCAGCCAUAGUUGUUUUUUUUUUAACAGUGAAAAUAUAUCAGAAAUUUACAUGUCGUGUGUGUCAGUCAAGUGUUCAUAUGGUAGGAAAGGUAGUGAUUAUAACUGGUGGUAAUAGUGGAAUAGGAUUGGAGACAGCGAAAAAUCUGGCAGACCGUGGGGCACGUAUAAUUAUAGCAUGCCGUAGUAUCAAGCGAGCUCAGGAGGCUACAAAAGAGAUAAUCAAGACAACAGGAAAUAAAGACAUUGAAUAUCGACGUCUCGACUUGGCAUCAUUUCGGUCUAUUCGGGAAUUCAGUGAAAACAUAUUGAAAACAGAAAAACGCUUAGAUGUUCUUAUAAACAAUGCCGCUGCAGGUGGCCUCGGAAACUAUAAAACUGAAGACGGUAACCACGUGGGUAUGCAAGUGAAUUAUUUUGGGCCUUUUCUGUUAACAAAUCUCCUGUUGCCACUUUUAAAAUCAUCCGCACCAAGCCGAAUUAUAAAUGUAUCCUCGGUCAUUCAUAAAUACGGUGAAAUGGACUUUGAAAAUUUAAACAUGGAAAAGUACUGGAGCGAUUAUUUGGUUUAUGCUAAUAGUAAAUUAUAUUUAAAUUUAAUGACAUUGGAGCUCAGUCGCAGAUUAGAAGGAACGAAUGUAACCGUAAAUGCUUUGCAUCCAGGUGUUGCAGCCACAAAUAUUUUCAGAAAUAUAAAGAGUGAUACUAUUCGAAAUAUAGUAUUGAUCAUGUUAAAUUCUUUAUACAAAAGUGUUUGGGAGGCAGCACAGACAUCGAUAUAUCUCGCUGUAUCACCAGAUGUGCAAAAUGUGAGUGGUCGCUAUUUUAGUGAUUGUCAAGAGAAAACCCCAUCUAAAUUAUCGAGAGAUUUAGAAAUCGCAAAAAGACUUUGGGAAGAGUCUGAAAAAAUUGUAAAAUGUACUUUAAGUAUUAGCUAAUAUAUUAUAUUAUACUAUAAAAAUUUGUACAUGACAAUUAAUAUAGACGCAUUAAUCAGUGUUAUCGUUGUAGGCAUUCUAGUUCUUUAUUUUGUUCUUUAGUUCUGAGAUCGUAUUAUAUUAGCGUUUGCUUUUUCCUUUUUCAAUUGAUGAAAGUUUGAUAACAAUAAUUUAUAUACGAAGCGUGUUUAUUAUUUUAUGUUGAAUAUUCUCCUCAUUUAAAUUACUUAGAUUUAUAACAUAAAAAAUGGCGAUACAUUUUAUCGAAGGCUAAAUUGUGUUAUAAAUUUUUUAACACUUCUUAGAAUUAAUCGCAUUGUACAAAAACCUCCUUAAUACCUGUAUCAAACUUUUUUUUAUUUUUUAUAGGAAGGUGGACGAGCAUAUGGGCCACCUGAUGGUAAGUGGUCACCAAACGCCCUUAGACAUUGGCAUUGUAAGAAAUGUCAACCAUCGCUUAUAGCCAAUGCGCCACCAACCUUGGGAACUAAGAUUUUAUGUCCCUUGUGCCUGUAAUUACACUGGCUCAUUCACCCUUCAAACCGGAACACAACAAUAUCAAGUAUUGCUGUUUAGCGGUAGAAUAUCUGAUGAGUGGGUGGUACCUACCCAGACGAGCUUGCACAAAGCCCUACCACCAGUAAAAUAGCUGUGACCUAGAUACAAACAAUAGUUUUAUUAAUUAGAUUUUUUUUAAAAUGCGUGUUAUAUUAAUUAAUGCUAUGAGUUUGGUAGUCUUUGCCGAUCCUUAUAUAGUUCAAUUGUUUCUACUAUUUCUUAUUUCAACUAUUCAACUAUUUAUUUAAUGUAAUCUAUAUAUAUGUUUUAAAAUAUAAUGUUAUUCUUAAAAUAUAAAGCUAAGAUUUUUUUUACACAUUAUAAUUAAAUAUUAUUUUUUGUUUGAUAUCUAGUGUUAACGCCAAGCACAAACACUCACGCAAAAAAUAAAAUACGUAUAUUUGCUUAACGUUAACCAUCAGGCGUAACAUAUUAUAUAUAUAUAUGACGUAUCGUACUUCACUAUGUAUUAGUUACUUGUCAACUGCAAUUUGUAAGCUUGACAUUAAAGUAAACUACUAAAGACGA